AUGAAGAUUUAUAUGGUGAUAUUUUUAUGUUUAUCAUCGGGAUUUCUUCCAACAGGAUGGACUUAUCUCAAAUUUAACAGCGCUGAGAAGUUUAGCGAUGCUGUAGAAGAAUGUGAUAAUCGAGGUUUAGAAUUAUUAACAAUGUCAACCUAUCGUCAGUACCUAGAUGCUCAGGAAUAUUUCCAAACCAAUUCACCGGGUGUUUCAUGGUUGGCGUUGGAAGAAAACACAACAACGGGCAACUAUCAGUGGUUAAAUGGACAAGUUUUAACAGAGUUGAAAUGGGAAUCAGGAGAACCUGUGGACUACACUGGAACUGAUUGUGGUGCCAUCGACGUGUACUCCAAGGAAUGGCACUCAACUCUAUGUACCAACAAAAGACAUUACAUUUGUGUCGGAUCAGAUGGAUCAUCUUCUAUAAGCAGUAUCAAAGUUAAUUUCUACACAGCAGUUCUCAGCUGCCAAUCUGAAGGCAGACGACUUCCGGUAGCCAUUACUAAUCUCGAUAAAAACUGGUUAAAUACUUUCAUUCAAACGAACUCCUUGACGAAAGAUAUCUGGUUGGGCUUGAUGGAAUCUGGAACACAACCUGGUGAUUACUAUAAAUGGGUAACAGGAGAACACCUUACACCACCUUUCACUUGGGCAGACUCCAACAGAUUUCCCACAGUCCAAUAUCGUCACUCAGGUGUCAACAAAGGGUUUCAAUGUUCUGCGUUGAACAAACAGAAAUAUGUUUGUCAAUCUCCUGAAGCCACAGCUGUGGUCCGUAGUCUAGAUAAGUUUGUGUUCGUGUCCAACAAUGCAAUUGUAUUGGGUUCCAUCAGAAAAACUACAACUAUCAACUCUGUAAGAAGAUUUCAGUGUGCUCUAGAGUGUCUACAAGAUACUGGUUGUAUACAGUAUACUAUUCAAGAAAGUAAUUUUGUGUUUAUAAACUCAUCAACUCUGGUAUACUCUACUAGAUAUUAUCUAUGUGUUGGAUCAGAUAGAAGUUAUUAUAUAGGUAGCGCUAGUGUUGAUUUCUAUACAGCAGGUAUUAACUGUCAAUCUGAAGGCACACGACUUCCAGUAGCCAUCACAAAUCUCGACACAAACAGGUUGAAUGAAAUCAUUGACGUUACAUCGAUAUCGAGCGAUAUCUGGCUGGGUUUAAUCAGAUCUGGAACACAACCUGGUGAUUACUAUAACUGGGUAACAGGAGAACACCUUACACCACCUUUCACAUGGGCAGUUAGCACCCGAUAUCCCAGUGUUCACUACCAUCACAGCGGCAGUUUAAAGGGGUUUCACAGUAGUACAUGGCAAGUACCAGGAUAUGUUUGCCAACCAAAAACUAUAGUUCCUAUAGUAAUUAAAGCUCCAGCUGUGGUCCGUAGUCCAGAUAAGUUUGUGUUGGCGUCCAACAAUGCGAUAGUAUCAGAUCCCCCACGAAGAGCCACAACUAUCAACUCUGUAAGAAGAUUUCAGUGUGCUCUAGAGUGUUUACAAGAUACUGAUUGUAUACAGUAUACUAUUCAAGGUUAUCUGUGUAGGACAUUUGGUGAAAGUCUGGUCAUCACCGACUAUAGUCGAGGACACAUGUUAUGGCAGAGAAAAAUUAUAUCGUAA